CGCCAUUUCACGGAAACUGACUUAGAUUUUAUGUUGAUGCCAACGCUAAUUAUACUAAUAACGCUGAAGCGCCUUUAUUACUAUCUCAAGAAAUAGUUACUGUAUUACAUAUUUCCGUAAAUAAGAUGGGGGAAGAUAAAGACCGCCGACGAAGGUCUCGAUCCCGAGAAAGAAAACGUUCUAGAUCUCGAUCUAGAGAACGAAGAGAAAAAAGAAAAAGCAGAUCAAGAUCGCCCAAUAAACGUUCACGUAGACGUAAGCCUUCGCUUUACUGGGAUGUACCGCCGCCGGGAUUCGAGCAUAUCACGCCAUUACAAUACAAGGCGAUGCAAGCGGCGGGUCAGAUUCCUGCCAAUAUUGUCGCCGACACACCACAAGCUGCCGUGCCGGUGGUGGGUUCGACUAUAACACGUCAAGCGCGAAGGUUAUAUGUCGGCAACAUACCCUUUGGCGUCACCGAAGAAGAAACAAUGGAGUUUUUCAAUCAACAAAUGCAUCUAUCGGGCCUGGCCCAGGCCGCCGGCAACCCUGUUUUGGCUUGCCAGAUUAAUUUAGAUAAAAAUUUUGCAUUCCUUGAAUUCAGAUCAAUUGAUGAAACGACACAGGCAAUGGCUUUUGACGGUAUUAAUUUUAAAGGGCAAAGCUUAAAGAUUCGACGUCCACAUGACUACCAGCCUAUGCCAGGCACUGAAAACCCAGCAAUAAAUGUGCCUGCUGGUGUUAUUAGCACUGUUGUACCUGAUUCCCCACACAAGAUCUUUAUAGGGGGAUUGCCUAAUUAUCUAAAUGAGGACCAAGUAAAGGAAUUACUCAUGUCAUUUGGUCAACUCCGGGCCUUCAAUUUGGUGAAAGACUCUUCAACUGGGUUGAGCAAAGGCUAUGCUUUUGCUGAAUAUGUCGACAUUUCUAUGACAGAUCAGGCUAUUGCAGGUUUAAAUGGAAUGCAACUUGGAGAUAAAAAGUUGAUUGUGCAACGUGCCAGUAUAGGCGCAAAGAAUUCAACUUUAGCACUGACCGGUGCAGCUCCAGUGCAAAUCCAAGUGGCAGGUUUGACCUUGGCUGGAGCAGGUCCACCUACUGAAGUAUUGUGCCUUCUUAACAUGGUAACACCUGAUGAAUUGCGUGAUGAAGAGGAGUAUGAAGAUAUCCUUGAAGAUAUAAAGGAGGAAUGCAACAAAUAUGGUGUUGUGCGUAGUAUAGAAAUUCCAAGACCAAUUGAAGGAGUCGAAGUACCUGGAUGCGGCAAGGUAUUUGUCGAGUUCAACAGUAUUGCAGAUUGCCAGAAAGCGCAGCAGACGCUCACAGGACGCAAGUUCAGUAACAGAGUCGUCGUCACAUCCUACUUCGAUCCUGACAAAUAUCAUCGCAGAGAGUUUUAAAGAUAUAUUUUUUUUACCGUCACUUCAACUUCGUCCUGUUGCACUAGCGUGUAAGAAAAUGUUCAACAUUGUUUUUGAAAGAAGUUUAAUUUUCAUUAGUUUACAUUAAAAACAUAUAAGAACAAAUUAAAUUUAAAAAUAAAUGCUUGUAACGAUUCAUUGUAAAAGUGAGUUCUUAACUACCAAAUGAACAGAUUUAAUUGUGAUCUACUCAAUUACGACUGAUAAUUAAUUUUACAAGUUCUAUAAAUUGAAAAUGUCACGUUUUGUUGAAAAUAAAAGUUUUUUUUUUUUCACAAGACCUAUACAUGACACAUGCUAGUAGCACAUUCAACAAACGACAGAGAUUAAAUCUAUCAAAAUGCAUGUGAAUUGGAGCAUCAUGCUUUUCGUCACCAAUUCACUACAACUGACAUGUUAAGUAUUAACUAAAAAGUAUAUUGCGCGUUUGUAACUGCUAUGAAUAAAUAAAUUUAUCUCGAAUCAUGUGUUUUUAUUAAAAAGUUUCAAAUUCGAAUCGUUUUAACGUAGGUACAUUAUAAAAAAAAAAACUGUAGUUUUAUACUUCUUGCUGCAUAGCAGGUUGGUAAGUAUUCAGUGAACCCGUUUCCGAAGAUAGAACGAGUUUCCUCAUAACUACAUAUAAGACGCCACCGAUGAUCAACAUUCCAAUUCCAGCCAUCAAGCUAAUUGCCCACGCGGGAACCGCAUUGCCACGGUAGUAAGUGCGGGUCAUAACACGUCUUCCUCUAAGAAUUUUUCUUCUGGCUUCUACCUCUUGUGUAAGUGUACUCAAAAUAACUAAAAUCACAGCGAAGUAAAACAAAACAGAUUUCUUCUGUGCCAUUUUAUUGAUUUUUUUUCUUUCACAAAUACUCAAUAGAGAAACACAAUCACUAACAACACCUAUGAUAAACUAAUACAGAAAAACAUGUACAUUUUUAGCGUUGAG